UCCUCCUGUUGCUCCUCUGCUGCUCCUCCGCUGCUCCUCCUCUGCUCCUCCUGUUGCUCCUCCGCUGCUCCUCCUCUGCUCCCGCUGCUGCUCCUCCUGCUGCUCCCCCUGCUCUUCUGCUGCUCCUCUAUCCCAGUGUCACCAAGGCGCCCCAUGCCCUUGUCACCCGUGUGCAGCUAGCAGCCAGCCUCUCCUGAGGCCUGUGGGCCACUGUGUGGGAGGGGAGACUGAGGCUGACGGGCACUGUGGAGGGAAGGCAGGGCCUGCAGUAUCAGGGGAAGAUUUGACUGUGGACCUGGACCACAGGGUAGGGUGUGCUCGGUGGAAGGAACAGCAUGCAUGGUGGGUGCUGAGGGAGGCCCAGAGACUCAACAUGUGAGCCCAGGAUGGCCCUAUAAAGCCCCGCACCUUCUGGAAGCAGGUGCCAGGAGUGGCCGUGGACCACCAAGGCACCAAGCUGGAACAGGUCAUCCCAGCGACAUGGUGCUGAGCCCCUCCAAGAAGGACAUCAGUGCGCCCGGGGCCCUGGGGGUAAGGUCAGGCCCUCUCCCCAGAAUCGCGAGACUGGGUGGGGCUGGGACUUGGAGUCACCAUGGCCCAUCCUGGGGCACCCGGGGCACAUGCGAGCUCCAGGUCCUGCGUGGAGGGUCAUGGCCCGCGUGUCGUGCGCACAUGUGCACAGGUGCAGGGGCUGGGCAGCCAGCCCAGGGCAGGUGGGGAGGCCCCACAUGUUAGCCCCAUAACAGAUGAAAAAGUCCUGGGGUUCAGCAGACACCCCAAGAGGAGAGGAGGGGGCCUCAGCGCAGAGCCGCAGGUGGCAGCUUCAGGAGCGCCCCAGCUGUGCUUUCUGGGCAGCUCGGUGGGCGCAGCCUGGUGGUUGUGCGGCCCAGGAGGUGCCCGGCCCGCCCAGGAGCCACUGCCCCGCAGGACACGGAACGCAGAGCAGGACAUGGCACUACCCCAGUGGCGGGAGAUUCGGGGACAAGGCCGAGGGCGUCCCACUGCGGGGCUGGGUGCCGGGGACACUGGGCGGGCAGGGGGGUGAUGGAAGUCCAUGGAGCUGGCCCGAGGGUGCCCACCUGCCUCCGGACGCCCACCUGUCCGCGGGUGCCCACCUGCCUCCGGACGCCCACCUGUCCGCAGUGCCCACCUGUUCCUGGGUGCCCACCUGCCCACGGGUGCCCACCUGCCUGUGGGUACCCACCUGCCCAUGGGUGCCCACCUGCCUCUGGGUGCCCACCUGCGCGCGGGUGCCCACCUGCCUCCGGACGCCCACCUGUCCGCGGGUGCCCACCUGUCCCUGGGUGCCCACCUGCCUCUGGGUGCCCACCUGCGCGCGGGUGCCCACCUGCCUCCGGACGCCCACCUGUCCGCGGGUGCCCACCUGUCCCUGGGUGCCCACCUGCCUCCAGACGCCCACCUGUCCACGGGUGGCCACCUGUCCACGGGUGGCCACCUGUCCUUGGGUGCCCACCUGCCUCUGGGUACCCACCUGCCCACGGGUGGCCACCUGCCUCUGGGUGCCCACCUGCCCGUGGGUACCCACCUGCCCACGGGUGCCCACCUGCCUCUGGGUGCCCACCUGCCUCUGGGUGCCCACCUGCCCACGGGUGCCCACCUGCCUCCAUACACCCACCUGUCCGCGGGUGGCCACCUGUCCUUGGGUGCCCACCUGCCCCCGGGUGCCCACCUGCCUCUGGGUGCCCACCUGCUCGUGGGUGCCCACCUGCCUCUGAGUGCCUACCGGCCCGUGGAUGUCCACCUGCCUGUGGGUGCCCACCUGCCUGCGGGGCCUCCUGACGAAGCCUGCCCGGCCCUUCAUCGGCUUGCCCCCUGCAGGCUUUCGUCGCCGGCCAGCAGCACGGGCGGCGGCCGCUCUGUGCGACAUCUGUGGGGAGCUGGAGCCUGUGCCACCGGCCGGACGCCUCCUGAGGGCAGAGGGGCCUGGUGCCCCAGGAGCUGCUGCGGCUCAGAAAGGGUCACAAACCUGGGACAAUGGAAAAGUAUGGUCACAGAGUACUAGCAGCCCGGACGCCUGGGGACUCAGCGGCGCUUGUCACAGCCUGGAAUUGGCUCCUCCCGUCACGUGGGCAGCUGUUGGUGGCAGUAGGACCUCAGCGCCGCGAGCGCCGUGGGCCUGUCUUGGACUCCGGCUGUAGCCCAGGUGCUUGCAGGCGCGCGUGGCAGGUGCCGCAGACUCGCCUCCAAGGCUGACCUCACUGCCCUGCAAAACAGGAAGCUCCCGGGAGCAGGAAGCAGAGGAGUCUUUCUCGGGGCAGAAAGAGCAGCCUGUUCUCUGUGGUCCUGGGGGAGAGAACCAAAACCAAGACUGGACGGAGUCUCUGGGGCAGGGGGCGCGCCCCAUUUCUAGUUUCAGGAAUGUUGGAAGCCAUCAGUACUGCCACUGCUGUCUUAGCAGGGACUGGGCUUCCCGUCGCUGAAGGCAUUCAAGCCUGACGGCCCCUGGACAGGAAGCUAGAGUGAGAUGGUAGGGAUGAGGUUGGGCAGCCUCUGAGGCGCCGCCAGCCUUGAGGCCAUCUGGGCCCCGAGAAGAGCCCAGGGCUAGGGUCCCCUCAUUGGGGAGAAGGUCAGCAGAGCUCGAGGCGUCUGGGGAGCCUAACAGCACGGCCUUGAACCCGAGGCCCCCCAGAAGCUGCUUCUAAGUCACCCCUGGUGGAGGCGCUGAUUGCGUGGCUUUGGUGGAAAAAGUCCCCAUCCUCCCCGGAGUGAUGUGCUGAGCCUACGCCCCUGCUCCAGGGCCUGUUGCAGAGCUGCCUGCAGCCCCAGGCCGGGCUCCCGGGACCCUGUGGCCGCGGGCCAGGGAACGGGGCGCAGCAGCCCCGAUGGCGCCCCAGAGGACAGGCUGAGUCUGAGUCGGGGAGUCCCGGGCUUGGCCCAGGGGCGCAGGGAGCUCCCCGCCCGGAGGUGCACACUUAGGAGGCUGAGGGCGGGCCCAGGCCUGGCCCUGCAGGUCCCCUCCCACCUCCGGGGUGGUCGGUGGUCGCUGAGGCCGCCUCCUGGGCCCAUUGGGGUGGGAAGGGCCCCUGCAGGCUGCAGCGGGGGCGGGGGGGGGGCGCCUCCCCAGCCUGGGUGCUGGCCGCCUCUGUUAACCAACCUUCAGGCUGUGGCCAAAGCCGCGGAGCCCAGGGGGGCAACCUGGGGAGAUGCAGAGCGAAAUGAAACGCCCCCAAGGAAUCUUUGAGAGUUCAAACAAAAAUGGGGAAAAUCAAAACCUUGCUUUUUCCUCUGAAUGUUUUUCGUUCUCUAGGCAAGGCCUGCGUAUCUCUAAAUAUGGUCAUUUAAUGAGUAAGAUGGAUUAUAUGUAAUUUACAUUUACACAGAUCUACAUGUACCGUGUGAUUAUGUAUCAUUGAAAAUGUAUUUGUUUUCUUGUUUUGUCUUU